CGGCCGCGUGACGAGUGCACCGUUUAAGGCUGCUUUCGGACCGGCCCAAAAUGAAACGCUCCCCGCCGACGCCGGUCGAAGAAAUGAAUCAUGGGACCGCGUUGCUGUGGAAACGACGAUUUUUGGGUCAUUUUACGACAUUCCAAAAAGAGCACAGAAAACGAGGGGUCCAUACAGCUUGUGUGCCUGACAGCUAACAGCGGGGUUCCCUUAUUUACGAGGGGCGCCUCCAGACAGCUCCCCUUCUCAAUCAUCGGCUCCCUGAAUGGCGUUCACAUGUUCGGGAGAGGCCAAGGGGUGCUGUUGUCCAGCUGUGAGACGGAGGGCGGCGGGAGGGUGCUGUGGCGAGUCUUCGAGGACAGCUUGAUGCUCAUCGCUGUGAGCGCGGCCCAGCAGGCGGGCCAGGCUGCGGACAGCAGCAAAGGGGAGCGCCUGCAUCUCCAGCGCCUCCUGGAGAACGUGUGGAGCUGCAUGGUGAUGGUCCUGGGCCAGGACGAGCUGGUCAACGCGAGGAACGUGGAGCGACUGAAGAGAGACCUGCGCUCAUGCUUCGGCCUCAUCGAUGAGCUGUUGGAGGACCGGCGACCGGGCGUCCUGGGCCACCUGACGCUCUGCGCCGACUGCUUUCUGCCCCCGCUGCCCGACCUCCUCCAGGAGGCCGUGCAGAGCUUCGCCAAAGCCGCUGACAGCGAGUUUGGCUGCCUCGUGGUCCACGGGCGGGUCGCCGCCGCCACGGAGAUGUGGUGGCGUCUGGCCCCGCGGGAAAUCGUCCUGCUCUCGGCUUUAAUGCGCAUCCUCUCGGACUCCGGCGCCGCCUCCUGCGAUUACCCGGUGUUCCUCCCUCAGGGCAGCCCCACCGUGGCCCACCGCCUUCUCCGCUUCCAGCUGCUCCCGGGGGCCGACGUGUGCGUGCUAUGCGGCCCCACGCCCUCCCUGUGCGGGGCGGAGAGCGCCCUGGUGGGCCGCUUCUGGUCGCCCCUGACAGACGCCCUGAGAGACUGCCUCGCUUUGGGAGAACGCUGCCUCCCCCCGUCCGUCACCGUACGCCCCGACGUACUGGCCCUCCUCCUCAUCAACCGCGAGAGCCACCGCGCCGUCUCCUGCGUGCCCGCCCCCUCGUGCGCCCGGCCCCGAAGCGACCCGCCCUUGCCCUCUGUGGCCCGUUGCUGGGAGCUCCUCAAGCUCUUCUAUAUUUUCUGCAUGACCCGCUACUUCAAGCAGGAGGAGGCGGAGGCCGCCGCGACGAAGGAGGGCGGCGCCCGCCCGGGGAACACAGAGGACUUUGUUUGUGGAUUCUCCCACCAGCCGCAGCAGUGCUAUUUGGUCACAGACGAGUGUAAAAGUUUUGCACUCCAGACGCCACAGCAUCAACUGUUCCUGCUGGCACUGCCGACGGCGCCGACGUUCGCCCUGAGCAACAUCGCUGCACAAACUCUCUCAAGUAUUACUACCCCUACUGGUUUCUAAUGACCCCAUUUCUAACCUCCACCAAGACUUAAAAGUCCGAAGCUGAUUCUGCAUCUAUUUUAGCCAACUUUUUGCUUUUUUCUUAUCUCGCUGUUCUGAAUAGACGACACAAACACGUUAUGGGGGCAUAAAGUCAACUCCCAAAUUUCCCGCUAGUCUCAACAAUACUUUUUAGACAUCAUCUUCAUCAUGCUCAGCCGUGUGUUGACCAUACGAAGCACUUCCUAUUUGAAGUCACACGUUGAUUACUAGUUUCCAAUGCAUCCAACCAUUUUCUUCACCGCUUAUCCUCACGAUGGUCGCAGGGAGUGCUAAAGCCUAUCCCAGCUGUCAACGGGCAGGAGGCGGGGUACACCCUCAACCGGUUGCCAGCAAAUCGCAGGGCACAGAGAGACGAACAGCCGCAUUCACAAUCACACCUUGGGGCAAUUUAGCAUCUCCAAUUAAUGUUGGGAGUCACUGAUGGUGUAAUGGUACACACGCCUGCCUUUGGUGGGGGCAGCGUGGGAUCGAUUCUUGCUCUGUGAUGGUGUCGAUAUCUGCCCUGGAACUGACUGGCGACCAGUUCAGGGUGUAGUCUGCCUUUCACCUGAAACUAGCUGGGAUAGGCUCCAGCUUACCCCGCAACCCUUGUGAGGAUAACUGGCUUGGAUAAUGACAUGACAAUUAAUAUUGCAUGUUUUUGGGAUGUGGGAGGAAACCGGAGUGCCCGGAGAAAACCCACGCAGGCACGGGGAAAACAUCCAAACUCCACAGAGCCGGGGCUGGGAUCGAACCCGGGUCCUCAGAACUGUGAGGCCAACACACCGUACCGUUGAGAUCCAAUCCACAGAUGAUAAUGAUCAGUUUUGACUUUGAUUGAGACUGUCAAGGAGGUAUUCAUUGAACCGUUUAGCAUGGUGGCUAGAUUGAUAUGAUCAUUGAAUGCUGUCUAUGUGAAAUGUAUUAUGAUAAAAAUGCAGCUAUAUGAUGACAGUAUGUCCUUUGGUUUGUCUGUGUCCCCCUCCCCCCUCACAUGCCCAUUUUGCGAUUUGCUGCGUUCUGAAUAUCCCACGAACAAAAUGUAAUCAUGUCACGUGUGCUAGUUCUUCAUUGUUCUUGUUGCUCCAGCACAAAACCAGAGUCCAGACCGAAUCCUGAUUGAAAUUCACCAUGCAGGUGACUGGAAGAUGGCUGCGGACAAGCGAUGCCCUCGUUAAGACUGAAUUUCAUAUGUUAUUUUUUAUUAAAAUAGUGCAGUAUUAAUUGUUCAACCAUCUUACUGCAAUUUAUUUCUAUAUUUCCCCAAUAAAUUGAUUAUUGUAUUUCUCAUUUAAAUAUGUAUGAAUAUUUAUGAUAAACUAUAAUCUAAAACAUUAUUAAUAUCCGUGUUGUUGAAAGGAACUUUAUAAAAUGUGCAGUGUGUCCCAAAAAAUGUAUACACUUUAAAUAAUUAUAAACCUGAUGUUAAUUGUAAUUUGAAUAAUUUUUAACACCCACCCAUUUUCUUCGCUGCUUAUCCUCACAAUGGUCGAGGGCAGUGCUGGAGCCUAUCCCAGCUGUCAAUAGGCAGGAGGCGGGGUACACCCUGAACUGGUUGCCAGCCAAUCGCAGGGCACAUAGAGAGAACCAACCAAUCGCACUCGCAAUCACACCUAGUGGCAAUUUAGAGUGUCCAAUUAAUGUUACAUAUUUUUGGAAUGUGGGAGGAAACCCACGUAGGCACUGGGAGAAGGCGAAAACUCC